CGACGCGAUUAUAAGGGCAGGGAGCGGUCGCUGCCGUGCCAUUUUGUUUCUUUUUGCGAUGGUGACUGCGGCGGAAUCGUGGGGUUUGUUACACGGAUCGCUACAGUUGUUGUAGAGCGCGUCUUGAGCGGUUCCCCGAAUCACUCCCGAUUUCGGGAUUUUUUUUUUGUUUUUUUGCCGAAAGCACCAACAGUGGUAGAAUAUCAUCCCGGGCAUAUUCAUCAAUUCUACGUGAAGGAAAAUGAGUGAGUGAGUAGAAGUAGCAGAGGUGUUCGGGGCAAUGGCGCAGGAUCGAGAGCAGAAGAUCAAGAUUGGCGUCUGUGUCAUGGAAAAGAAGGCAACCUCUUCUCCGAUGCGCCGGAUUCUGGAAAGGCUAGAGGCUUUUGGUGAAUUUGAGAUUAUAAUCUUCGGUGACAAGGUUAUUGUAGAGGAUCCUAUAGAGAGCUGGCCAAUUUGUGACUGCUUGAUUGCCUUCUACUCCUCUGGUUAUCCAUUACAAAAGGUCAAGGCUUAUGUGGCAUUACGGAAGCCCUUUCUGGUCAAUGAAUUGGAACCACAACACCUAUUGCAUGACCGGACGAAGGUUUAUGAGCGUCUUGAAAUGUAUGGAAUCCCGAUUCCAAAUUAUGCUCUCGUAAAUAGAGAAUAUCCAUAUCAAGAGCUAGACUAUUUUGUUGAGCAUGAAGAUUUUGUUGAGAUUUUUGGAAAGCGCUUCCAGAAGCCAUUUGUUGAGAAACCUAUUGAUGGGGAUAAUCACAGUAUAAUGAUAUACUAUCCUAGCUCCGCUGGUGGCGGAAUGAAAGAGUUAUUUCGAAAGGUGGGAAAUCGGUCCAGUGAAUUUCAUCCAGAGGUUAGGAGAGUGAGGCGUGAGAGCUCUUACAUUUAUGAGGAAUUUAUGCCUACUGGUGGAACAGAUGUCAAGGUAUACACUGUUGGUCCAGAUUAUGCACAUGCUGAAGCACGGAAGUCUCCUGUUGUUGAUGGUGUUGUUAUGAGAAAUCCUGAUGGAAAAGAAGUACGGUAUCCUGUUUUGCUGACUCCUGAUGAGAAACAAAUGGCAAGGGAUGUUUGUAAUGCUUUUCAGCAAGCAGUUUGUGGCUUUGAUCUCUUAAGAUUCAAGGGAAGAUCUUAUGUGUGUGAUGUCAAUGGUUGGAGUUUUGUGAAGAACUCCCACAAGUACUAUGACGAUGCAGCAUGUUUGUUAAGGAAAAUAAUUCUUGAUGCUAAGGCUCCUCAUCUUUCAUCUACUAUUCCUCCCAACCUUCCAUGGAAAGUUAAUGAACCGGUCCAGCCUUCUGACGGACUAACACGCCAAGGAAGUGGAAUUAUUGGCACAUUUGGGCAGUCUGAGGAGCUCCGCUGUGUUAUAGCUAUUAUUCGCCAUGGUGAUCGGACUCCAAAACAAAAGGUUAAGUUAAAAGUUACAGAAGAAAAGCUAUUGAAUUUGAUGCUGAAGUACAAUGGUGGAAACACAAAAGCUGAGACAAAACUUAAAAGUGCUGUUCAGUUACAAGAUCUGUUAGAUGCCACCCGUCUCCUUGUUCCACGUGCAAGUUCCGGACGUGAGAGUGAUAGUGAUGCUGAAGAUAUGGAGCAUGCUGACAAACUUCACCAAGUCAAGGCAGUGCUUGAGGAGGGUGGACAUUUUUCAGGUAUCUACAGAAAAGCACAACUAAAACCACUGAAGUGGGUUAAAGCUUCAAAACCUGAUGGUGGUGGUGAAUUUGAGCAUCCGGUUGAGGCUCUAAUGGUUCUGAAGUAUGGCGGUGUUUUAACACAUGCUGGAAGAAAGCAGGCAGAAGAACUUGGAAGAUACUUCCGGAACAAUAUGUAUCCAGGUGAAGGUACUGGCUUGCUUCGGCUUCAUAGUACUUACCGACAUGAUCUAAAAAUUUACAGUUCGGAUGAGGGACGUGUUCAGAUGUCUGCUGCAGCAUUUGCCAAAGGCCUUCUUGAUUUGGAGGGACAACUGACUCCAAUUUUGGUUUCACUUGUUAGUAAAGAAUCUUCUAUGUUGGAUGGACUAGAAGAUGCUCGUCCUGAGAUGAAAGUGGCAAAGGCUAGAUUGCAUGAUAUCAUAAUUUCAGAAGGAAAAUCAGUCACUAGAAAUGGGUCACCUUGGAUGGUUGAUGGAGCUGGUCUACCUGCCAAUGCAUCUCAACUUCUUCCUCUUUUGGUUCAACUAACAAAGAAGAUAACUUCUCAAGUGAAGCUACUAGCUGAAAAUGAGGAUGAGAAGCUUGCAACCAGCAAAUACACAGUACUGCCUCCCUAUGACCAAGCGAAGGCCCUGGGGAAAACGACCAUUGAUGCUGCUCGUAUAGCUGCUGGGUUGCCUUGUGGUAGUGAAGGUUUCCUUUUAAUGCAUGCACGUUGGAAGAAGCUCGAGAGGGACCUGUAUAAUGAAAGAAAAGACCGAUAUGAUGUCACGCAAAUUCCAGAUAUCUAUGACUCCUGCAAAUAUGACCUCGUACAUAAUGCGCAUCUUAAUCUGGAAGGUUUACCCGAGCUUUUCAAAGUUGCUCAGUUGUUAGCUGAUGGUGUUAUUCCUAAUGAGUAUGGGAUAAAUCCAAAGCAGAAACUGAAAAUUGGGUCUAAGAUUGCUCGUCGUUUGUUGGGCAAGAUUUUAAUUGACCUGCGUAAUACUCGAGAAGAAGCAAUAAGUGUUGGUGAACCAAACUACAAUCAGGAGGAGACAGACUUAUUUAGACCUCUGAAUAAGAAUGAGCACACAAGAAGAUCAAAUUCCACCUGUGACAACUCACCAAAAAAAAAUGAAGAUGAUGAUGAUGAUAGAGAGACCAAAUACCGCUUGGAUCCGAAAUAUGCUAAUGUGAAAACACCUGAACGACAUGUCCGCACAAGGCUUUAUUUCACAUCGGAAUCUCAUAUUCACUCUCUAAUGAAUGUUCUUCGCUUUUGUAACCUGGAUGAGUCCAUACAAGGAGAGGAUAGCCUUGUAUGCAGUAGUGCAUUGGAGCGGCUAUUUAAGACUAGAGAACUUGAUUAUACGAGUCACAUUGUUCUACGGAUGUUCGAAAACAUAGAGGUAUCUUUAGAAGACCCAAAGAGGUUCCGGAUAGAAAUGACCUUCAGUCAUGGUGCAGAUUUAAGCCCUCUACAGGAUCAUGACAAUGAAGCUGCUUGUUUGCUUCAAGAGCACACAUUACCCAUCAUGGGACCAGAGAGGUUGCAGGAAGCAGGGUCUUACUUGACAUUAGACAAGUUUGAAAAGAUGAUCCGUCCGUUUGCCAUGCCGGCUGAGGACUUUCCACCACCGGCAGUUCAUCAAGCCUUCUCUGGUUACUUCUCCAGGAGUGGUGGAGUGCUAGAACGUCUAGCUAGCCUAUGGCCAUUCCAUAGGAGCAGCGGCAACUCUUUGAAGUAAUCAGAAUGUUUCUUUUCAACCCUUCUUUUGUUUGAUUCUGUUUGGAAACAUGGUAUAUAUGCCUUCCCAUACAAAGAUAAGCACUAUGGAGAUCAGUUUCAUGUGCCCAAUUUUUUUAAUGGAUCAUAUUUUUGAUUGGAUUUUUCGUAAA